GCAUUCACCUAUUUCAUUUGGACUGUUCUAAACGAACCAAAACACUUCACUUCAGUACUGUGCCCUCUGCAGAUGAAUUUGGCAUUGUGGAAGCAAGCAAAACCAAUCACGCUGCAAAAGGGGAAAGUUUCUCAACUUUUCUUUUAAGAGGCAGAAACAUUAUCCAGAAUAGGUGUGCGCAAACUUGUGGCGUGCAGAAGACCAAUAAUUAGACCAUAAAUUUUCCACAGUUUUCAAAUGAUAAGCAUUUAAGUAUAUGAAUAUAGUAUAGUAUAUCGUAUGAUACAUUACCACCAGUGUCCAACUUAUUUUCGUUUGUUGUUGUUAAUCACUUGUGUGAGUGCUUAUCUGUCUAGGAAUCCCAAUAUAUUCCUUAAUUAAUUAAAUCUGCUCCAACCUAACUUUAUUUGAUUUAUUGUCUUUAGAGAUCUGGGUCAUAGACUCGUAGUGGAAAUCUGAAGGUUAUUUUUGUUUCUUGAGCCCCUCCCCCUCCCAAAAGCAAGAGAAUAUUGUAGCAAAACAAGGGGGGAAAAAGUUACCAAGUUUACAGUUAUUAUAAGACUCUAUUUCUGUAGGCACUCAAAAGUCAAAGCAAAUGCAUUUUUUUCUCUGAUUUUAGAGAAAUGGCCUUAACACAUUCAACAUCUUUCCAACAAAUGUUUCAGAGGGCUGCUUCAGCUCAGUUUAGGAGGCCUCUCCUUCAUCUUGUGUCCACUCAGGAAGCCAGGCACAGGUACCUCACCCAAUGUGUUCCACUUCACAAAGCAGCACUAAAAGGAGACUGGAAAGAGGCCAAGAAAAUACUAGACCAAGACCCCACGCUACUCAAGUCUGCCAUAACAAAGGGGUGGGCAACAGUGCUCCACAUUGCAGUCGGAGCAAACCAUGAAUGCUUUGUAGAGGAGUUGGUGAAACUACUUUCACGCGAAGACUUAGAACUGCUAGAUGACAAGGGAAACACUGCAUUCUGCUUUGCUGCAGCUGUUGGGAACGUGCACAUUGCUGAAAUCAUGCGCAUAAAGAAUGAAUCGUUGCCAACUAUAAGGGGUGGAGAAGGAGUCACUCCUCUUCACUUGGCUGUGUUACAAGGACGGAGUGAAAUGACUCGGUAUCUGUUUGAUAAAACUAGAGAAAUACUCUAUGAUGAUGAUUGGAUUACACUGUUCCUCAUUUGUGUAAACUCUGGGCUCUAUGAGCUUGCCCUGGAAAUGCUAAAUCAGAGGGAAUCGCUAGCUUUUGCCCGGGGUGAUAACUACGAGACAGCUUUGCAUGUUUUGGCUCGAAAGCCUUUGAAUUGUGGUUGCCGAAGUCCACUACGAUAUCCAAAACACCUCCUUCAUUUGUGCAAGAACAUGAAGGACCCUCCGGUCCUUAAACUUACAAGACGCAUCUGGGAUAUAUUUCUUACCCUUGAUGACUCUGAGAUGAUGGAUGCAAUAAGAGAACCAUCCCAAGUAACAUUUAUUGCCGCAGAAGAAGGCAAUUUCGAGUUUCUAUCUGUGAUUAUGAGCACUUAUCCGGAUUUGAUUUGGGAAUUGAAUACGAUGGGUCGUAGUAUAAUUCACGUUGCUGCCUUACACCGACAUGCUAGCAUAUUCAAUUUGAUACACGAAAUUGGCCCAAGCAAAGAUUUCGUGUUAACAUUUUUGGAUGAUGAAGGCAGCACGUUACUCCAUUCUGUUGCAGUAAUAGCACCAACAGAUCGACUUAAUGUAGUUUCUGGAGCUGCUUUUCAAAUGAUGCUUGAGUUGACAUGGUUUGAGGAGGUAAAAAAGAUCAUGCUACCAUCAUUUGUAGAGAUGCCAAAUUAUGAAGGCAUUAUUCCUCGAGAACUAUUCACCAAUCAGCAUGAAGAUUUGUUGAAAAAGGGAGAAUCUUGGAUGAAGCGAACAGCAAGUUCUUGCAUGGUUGUCUCAACUCUAAUUGCAACAGGAGUGUUUUCUGCAGCUUUCAGCGUCCCAGGUGGUAUCGAUGACAAGUUAGGAUCUCCCAAUUAUUUGAAGAAACCUUUAUUCACGGUAUUUGCAUUAUCAGAUGCCUUGGCAUUGACCCUUUCUACGACCUCAACCCUAAUUUUUUUGUCCAUACUCAUCUCACGUUAUGCUGAGGAAGACUUUCUCAGGUCACUGCCAUUCAAAUUGAUAUUUGGACUAGUGUCACUAUUUUUCUCAAUAAUCAGCAUGAUGGUAGCAUUCAGUAGUACUUUCUUCAUAGCAUAUUACCAUGCUAAAACGUGGGUUCCUAUCACCAUUGCUGUAUUUGUGUGUUUUCCAAUAUUCUUAUUUAUAUGUCUACAGUUUCGUCUCUGGCAUGACAUAAUGUAUUUGCACUAUAUUUGUGGUUCUCUGUUUAGACCAAGGAAACAAAUGAUUCAUUAGAAAGAUUGAGCUGUUUGCUCAAUAAUAAAUUUUGAUGUACUUUUGUCUGCA